CAUUUUGUCGGGCGCUCGGCGGAGCGGAGCCCGGAGCGAAGAGAUCCCAGCCGCCGGGGCCGCCGCUGCUGCCUCCUGCGUCCCCGGGGCCCGCACGCCGCCCGGCCCCGAGCGGGAUGUGAACGGCCCGGCCCGCCUCGCCCGGACACACACGGCAGCGGCUGCCGCGCCCCGGCCCGGCCCCUCAGCCCGAGCGCAGGCCCCGCCGGCCCGGCCCGGCCCCGCCGCCGCCGCGAUGGCGCUGAAGAUGGUGAAGGGCAGCAUCGACCGCAUGUUCGACAAGAACCUGCAGGACCUGGUGCGGGGCAUCCGCAACCACAAGGAGGAUGAGGCAAAGUACAUCUCCCAGUGCAUCGAUGAGAUCAAACAGGAGCUCAAGCAGGAUAACAUUGCAGUGAAAGCAAAUGCAGUUUGCAAACUUACAUAUUUACAGAUGCUGGGCUAUGACAUCAGUUGGGCCGCAUUCAAUAUUAUUGAAGUAAUGAGUGCAUCGAAGUUUACAUUCAAAAGAAUUGGUUACCUAGCUGCCUCUCAGUGCUUUCAUGAAGGGACUGAUGUAAUUAUGCUGACUACCAAUCAGAUUAGAAAGGAUCUGAGUAGCCCUAACCAGUAUGAUACUGGAGUAGCACUGACUGGUUUGUCCUGUUUUGUUACUCCAGAUCUUGCCAGAGACUUGGCAAAUGACAUCAUGACUCUGAUGUCUCACACAAAGCCUUAUAUCAGGAAGAAGGCAGUGUUAAUCAUGUACAAAGUGUUUUUGAAGUACCCUGAGUCCCUCCGUCCUGCAUUCCCUCGCCUUAAAGAGAAACUGGAAGAUCCAGAUCCUGGUGUCCAGUCUGCGGCAGUAAAUGUUAUUUGUGAGCUGGCCAGACGCAAUCCCAAGAACUACCUUUCCCUUGCUCCGCUCUUUUUUAAAUUGAUGACGUCUUCAACCAAUAAUUGGGUCCUCAUUAAAAUUAUAAAAUUGUUUGGUGCUCUUACUCCAUUAGAACCUAGGCUGGGAAAGAAAUUGAUUGAGCCACUUACCAAUCUCAUACAUAGCACCUCAGCCAUGUCUCUUCUGUAUGAAUGUGUGAACACAGUGAUUGCAGUUUUGAUCUCUUUAUCCUCUGGGAUGCCCAAUCACAGUGCCAGCAUCCAGCUCUGUGUUCAGAAGUUAAGAAUACUAAUAGAAGAUUCUGAUCAGAACUUGAAGUACCUGGGUUUAUUAGCAAUGUCCAAAAUCCUGAAAACUCAUCCUAAGUCAGUUCAGUCCCACAAGGAUCUCAUUCUCCAGUGUUUGGAUGACAAGGAUGAAUCCAUCCGACUCAGAGCUUUAGAUCUCCUAUAUGGCAUGGUGUCCAAAAAGAACUUGAUGGAGAUAGUGAAGAAACUGAUGAUUCAUGUGGACAAAGCAGAAGGGACAACAUACAGAGAUGAGUUGCUGACCAAAAUCAUAGACAUAUGUAGCCAAUCCAACUACCAGUACAUCACAAACUUUGAAUGGUACAUAAGCAUCCUGGUGGAACUGACCCGGUUGGAAGGUACUCGGCAUGGUCACCUUAUAGCAGCUCAGAUGCUGGAUGUAGCUAUCAGGGUUAAAGCCAUUCGUAAGUUUGCUGUUUCCCAGAUGGCCAUGCUCCUGGACAAUGCCCAUCUGAUAGCCAGCAACACCCAGAGGAACGGCAUCUGUGAGGUGCUUUAUGCUGCUGCCUGGAUAUGUGGGGAGUUCUCAGAACACCUUGAGGAAUCAAACCAGACCUUAGAAGCAAUGCUGAGGCCUAAAGUUACCACUCUACCAGGCCACAUCCAGGCAGUUUAUGUCCAGAACAUGGUAAAGCUUUAUGCAUCCAUCCUACAACAGAAAGAGCAAGCUGGGGAAAAGGAAGGAGCCCAGGAAAUUACCCAGCUGAUGAUCGACCGUUUGCCUCAGUUUGUACAAAGUGCGGAUCUAGAAGUACAAGAGAGGGCUUCUUGCAUUUUGCAUCUGAUUAAAUAUAUUCAGAAGCUACAAAUAAAAGAGGUGCCUGUAGCUGAGGAAGUGAUAGCCCUGUUCGCAGGCGAACUGAACCCGGUAGCUCCUAAAGCACAGAAAAAAGUCCCAGUUCCGGAAGGUUUGGACCUUGAUGCCUGGAUCAAUGACCCUCCAUCAGAUAGUGAGUCCGAAGAUGAAAAACCCAAAACAAUUUUCCAUGAUGAGGAGCAAAGGCAUUCUAGACAUAGACAGCCAGAGAUUGAUGAGGAAGAAUUGGCCAGGCGCCGAGAAGUCCGGAAACAGGAACAAGCAAACAAUCCAUUUUAUAUUAAAAGCUCUCCUUCCCCACAGAAGCAAUACCAAGACACCCCAGGUGUGGAGCAUAUACCUGUGGUCCAGAUAGACCUUUCUGUUCCCUUAAAAGUUCCAGGAAUGCCCAUGUCUGACCAGUAUGUGAAACUGGAGGAGGAGAGGAGGCAUAAACAGAAGCUAGAGAAAGACAAGAAAAAGAAAAAACAGAAAAAAGAGAAGAAAGGCAAACAUCGCCGCCAUAACUCCCUGCACACAGAGAGCGACGAGGACAUUGCCCCAGCCCAGCACGUGGACAUCAUCACGGAGGAGAUGCCAGAGAAUGCGUUGCCCAGUGAUGAGGAUGACAAAGAUCCCAAUGAUCCAUAUAAGGCACUUGAUAUUGAUCUGGAUAAACCCUUAGCGGAUAGUGAGAAGCUGCCUGUGCAGAGACACAGAAAUGCUGAGGACCUGAAAUCGCCAGACACAGAAGCUCCCUUAGUAGGAAAAAAGAGCAAGAAACCCAAAAAGAAGGAAAAGAAACACAAAGAAAAAGAAAGAGAGAAAGAAAAGAAGAAAGAGAGAGAAAAAAAGGUGGCUGAAGAAAGCAAAAAGGGGGAAGACUUGGAUUUCUGGCUCUCCACUGCUCCACCACCUUCCUCCAUUACACAGACACAGACUGAGCCUGAAGGGAGCCCUGUCCUAGGUGAACCUGAGGAGAAUGAAGACGCAAAGAAGGAAGAGCAAGAAGAGGACGAUGAUGAAGGAAAGAAAUCCUCCAAGCAUAGGAAGAAAAAGCACAAGAAGGAGAAGGAGGAGAAAUCCAAGGACAAAAAGAAAUCCAAGAAGAAGCAUCAUCACGGUGAGGAGGAACCAGCAGAGUCGGUACAGAAUGGAACACUAGAUGAUGAACCACUACCGCCUAUGUCCAGUUACUGCCUUCUUGCUGAAAAUUCAUACAUUAAAAUGACAUACGACAUUCAAGGAAAUCUCCAGAAUGAUAGUCAAGUCACUGUCUCCGUGAUCUUUGAAAACAAGAGUACUAGCUUCCUGAAAAGCAUGGAAUUAAAUGUCCUGGACUCUCUCAAUGCUAAAAUGCUGCGGCCAGAAGGGUCAUCGGUACAUGAUGGGAUACCUGUGCCGUUCCAGCUGCCCCCUGGAAUCUCUAAUGAAGCCCAGUUUGUGUUUACUCUUCAGAGCAUUGUUAUGGCUCAGAAGCUAAAAGGAACAUUGUCCUUUAUAGUGAAAAAUGAUGAAGGUUCAACCCAUGAAAAACUAGAUUUCAAAUUGCACUUCAGUUGCGCUUCAUACUUGAUCACAACGCCUUGCUAUAGUGAUGCUUUUGCCAAGCUGCUGGAGUCUGGGGAUCUGCAUAUGAGUUCUAUAAAAGUAGAUGGAAUCAGCAUUUCUUUCCAACAUCUACUAGCAAAGAUUUGUUUUUAUCAUCAUUUUUCAGUUGUGGAACGAGUUGACUCUUGUGCAUCAAUGUACAGUCGUUCUAUCCAAGGCCAUCAUGUCUGCCUACUGGUAAAAAAGGGAGAGAAUUCAGUAUCUGUUGACGGAAAAUGUAGUGAUUCCACCCUGCUGAGCAACUUGCUGGAUGAGAUGAAAGAGACAUUAUCAAAGUGCUGAAUAGUCUUUAUAAAUAUUGCAACUACAAGAGAUGCACUUAAAAAAGUGUAAGACAGAUUCAAGUGUUACGUUUCUCCCUCGUACGCAUGUACUAUCUCGGGGCACGUGCUUUUCAGUUAACUCCACCAUCGUUUGCAGUUUAGACAUUUUAAGGCUGUAUGUUACCUUUUUUAUUUGGAAUCUUUUUACCAACUGUGGUGUUAACCCUUUCCAGCCCAGUGAGAUCCUGACAUGUUUGGGGGGUUAUUUAUUCAGCAGUUCCCAGCAAUCCAAUACACCCUGCCUCCCAUAUGGAGCAGAAUGUUAUCAGCAGCACUUGUUAACGUAGGAGGUUGCCUUGGCCCUUGUCUGUGGAAUAUGUCUGCUUUAGUAGGUGUAUGUUUUUAGCAGAGGCUGGUGUUGGACCUGAAGGCAAGUACCUCCUACUCUAAAGCUCACUUGGUCCUGAAUAUCAACAUCCUUGAUAUCAUAAGAGCUAAUCAGUAUGUACCCGGUAAGAGUUUGGGACACUCCUGGGUUUCUGCUUAUGGUAGCUGCCUUGGCCCUUACCUUCUAUUAACAAUAGCUAAAACAUGGGCUGAAAAGUGUUGACUCCUUAGUCCUCUCUGCUCCUGUUCAUCCCCAAAACAAGGCCUAUUAAACAUCUCCCCAUGAGUGAUCUCUGAUGUGCUUUGUAAAGUCCACUGAAAUUUCACAUUCCUGAAGUUAGAAUGUAGCAAAGAAACUGGAAAUCCAAAGGUUUUUUGUUCCUGUUUUUUAUUUUGUUUAUAAUGUGGCUUACCAGAUGAGGUUGACCAGUAGCAGGUUGGAGAAAUAGCCACCUAAAAUACCUCCUGCUCCAAAACGUUUGUCCCCGUGUUAUCAAUGUUGAGAUGUGACAAUGUGUGUGUUUGGUCCCUGGAACAUUGUGCUGGCCCUGAUUUCAUGAAGAUGGAUUCGGACGUAGCCGGGUGCCAGCAGCCAAGGUAUAAUUGGGGCCGUCUAAACUGUACCUGCCUAGAUGCAGGAGGGAAGAGCAGGCGUGGAUGGAGAACACUACACACUUGUUUGUGGUACGAGUUACUACGAGGGUCUGACAAAAUGACUCCAUUCUGUGCUGUUGAGGGUUCACCUGGAAUCAUUGACUGGAAAGGGAGUUUUCUGUCACUGAAGUACAAAUGAGGACUGUACUCUUAACUGGCAUCACUUUCCAGAAUCUCUCGUUUUUAAAUUCUUUGUGCUGUUCUAUUUCCAGCAGACUUGGAAUGUACUAAACGGUUAUUACUUUGAGACGUGGGUAAAGAACUGUCAAUUGCUAUUACCAAAAGGGCCCCUGUGGAGGAGAUAGACAUGGACAAUAUCUGCACUUAAUUUUUUUGGCAACUCCCCCAUCCAACAGAUGUCAGUAUUGCACAGUAGACUUCUGAUUAAAAACCCUACAAAUUGAGGACAGAGGGUGAGAUCAGAACUUUAUCCUGAUCUUACCUUUUGUUAGACACAUUGUGCCUCUUUACACUCUUCCCAUGUUAGGGUGUUCUCUGGCUCUGCUGUGGUUUUAUUGCUAGGACCAGCAUCGUAUGCUGUCUGAUUGCACUUGUGUAUUGCCGGAAUCCUUUUGCAGCAGGCUCCUGUGCUGGUGAAGUGGUAGUGUUUGGUAAUGACGAUCAACCUCCCUUGGUUAGCCAGUCUGUGUAUUAGAAACUGAACAUAUUAAAAUUGUCUUAAAGGAUAAUGUUCCUUAAUUAGUUGGGGGGGGGGGGGGGGUAAAAAUUCAUGGAUGAAGACUGUCACUUUAGCAUGUAGUCUUCUCUUAAAGAAUCCUGUGCAGUGAUUCUAGACCUUUGAAACUGUAUGAUGUGUUAUAUUAAAGAAUUUAUUUGCUAUCAACAUUCCCGUAUGAAGAAAGACCACAAGCUGCUGUAACAAUUUUGUGUCAAGAUGAUCUAAUAAAAUUUCAAAACAAAAGUUAA